UCCCCUUUUUGCCCAUUGAACGCUCCCGAUACUGCAAGUACAACUGCGGUUCACACUAUAAAAGCGAAAAACGCUCGAAUCCGUGUCACAAUCAUAUAUCUCUAUCAAUUUCUGUUUCUACCCCAACUCGUUUCGCUUCUUUCUUGCUCCUUUUAAUCCCAAACAUGUCAGGUUACGGCUACGGCUACGGUGCUCCAACAGGCGGCCAGCCUUACGGCUAUGGUGCCCCGCCGGGUGGCCAGCCUCAAGGCCACAGUGCUCCGCCAGGCGGCCAGCCUCACGGUCACAGUGCUCCGCCGGGAGGCCAGCCUCACGCUCACAGUACCCCGCCUGGCAGCCAGCCCUACGGCCACAGUGCCCCGCCGGGAGGCCAGCCUUACGGCCACAGUGCCCCGCCGGGAGGCCAGUCUUACGGCCAUGGCGGCGUCGCGACAGCAUACCCGGCAUCGGGCGGUUACGGUAGCCCGUUCGCCAUGCUGGUGCCGUCAACGUUCCCUCCCGGGACGGACCCGAGCAUCGUGGCGUGUUUCGAGAUGGUGGAUGUUGACCGAAGCGGGCAGAUCGACGAUAGGGAGUUGCAGAAGGCUCUGUCUUCCUAUAAUCAGAGCUUCAGCUUGAGGACCGUACACCUCCUCAUGAAUAUGUUCACCAACACCAACAUCAAGAAAAUCGGCCCCAAGGAAUUCACAUCUCUCUUUCAGAGUCUUCAGAGCUGGAGGGCGACUUUUGAAAGAUUUGAUAGGGACAGGAGCGGAAGAAUUGACUCGAAUGAGUUGCGAGAGGCUUUACUGAGCUUGGGUUAUUCUCUCUCUCCUAUGUUGUUGGAAUUGCUUAUCUCCAAGUAUGACAAAACUGAUGGAAGAGCCAGGGCUAUUGAAUAUGACAAUUUCAUUGAGUGUUGCCUUACUGUUAAGGGGCUAACUGACAAAUUCAAGGAGAAGGAUACUAACUUAAGUGGCACCGCAAAUUUCACCUAUGAGUCGUUUAUGUUGACCGUCCUACCCUUCAUAAUCGCUUAGGAACUAAAGCUCUGUUGAAUUCGUACGAUGCCCUUUUCAUGCGGUUGGUUUGAUAGUAUCCAUGUUCACAUUUUACUCUACUUUGCCGGUAUUUGAAUAUGCUUCAAUCGGGUUGUAAUGUAAGUAUGCAAAUCUUGAGUGCCAUAUUUGGAACUAGCUGAUUCUUCCCCUCUGGUACUGCUAAUAAAAUUCAGUGCUUAGUAUUAUGGGUAUGGGAUACGAAUGAACAGAUGAUGUUAUAAGGAGCUGUAUUAUUUGUA